AUGGAUUCAACAGCUACUGGUUUAAAGAGGAAUUCAAAUGAUAUUGCUUGGGAAUUUGCUAUUUGCCCAGAUCCUACAAACUUGGAUAAAUUGAAGUGUACAUUGUGUGGAAAAGUUUAUAGUGGGGGGGCUUCAAGAAUGAAACAACAUAUUGCUCAUGUGAAAGGAAAUGUAGCUCCAUGUCAAAAGUCUACCAAAGAUGAUCAGUUGAGAUGUCGAGAUGCUAUCAAUGAAGGAAAGUUAAAAAAGAAGGGAAAACAAGCACAUGAUGAAGCGUUAAGAUCGGAGGUGAGAUUUGAUACUAAUGAAAACAUUAGUAUAGACACAGAUGAAAUAGAGAAUAAUUUUGGGAGCUUGAGGGAACCAUAUGUUAUAGGCCCGAUGGAUAACUUUGCAAACACAUUAAACCCCGAAGAAUCUUUGAAGUCGGGAAAAGGCAAAAAAGUUGAUAUUAACAAUGCUAUUCGGAAAGAAAGAAUAUCAACUGUGAAAAGUUUCAUUGGUAGGUGGGCAUAUGAGUGUGCAAUUUCUUUUCAUGCCUUCGAAAAGGAUAGCUUUAAAAUGAUGGUGGAGGUAAUCGGCCAAUAUGGAACCGGGCUUCCAACUCCUACUAGGUAUGAGUUGAGUAACACAAUUUUAAAAAAAGAAGUUGAAAGAACAAAAAAUUUAGUGAAAAAAAAUGAAGAAGAAUGGAAACAAGAUGGAUGCUCGAUUAUGACGGAUGCUUGGUCUGAUAGAAAGAGGAGGAGCAUUAUGAAUUUAUGUGUCAAUUCAAAGAUGGGUACCGUUUUUUUAUCUUCAAAAGAAUGUUCGGAUGAAGCACAUACAAGUCAACAUAUAUAUGAGUAUGUGGAAUCUUGCAUUCAAGAAGUUGGUCCCGAACAUGUUGUUCAAAUAGUAACCGAUAAUGCCACGAAUAACAUGGGAGCCGCAAAGUUGCUAAAAGAGAAAAGACCAAAGAUUUUCUGGACAUCAUGUGCGACACAUACCAUUAACCUUAUGCUUGAAGGUAUUGGUGGGCUUCCAAGGUUCAAGAAAGUCUUAGAUCAAGCAAAGCAACUAACCAUCUUCAUUUAUGCCCACCACAAAACAUUAGCUAUGAUGAGAAAAUUCACUAACAAAAGGGAUAUCAUCUGA